AUGUUGGCUAGUCAGUCUGGAGUGAGGACUUAUGGGGACAAAACGCUUGUAGGAAAUUGGGUUGAAAACCGAAAUCGUCACAACUACCGACCUUCGACUCGAUCAUACAAGUCCGCGCGAACAAUUUAUGGGGGAGAUUUUCUUCCAAAAAUCGCUCCGGUCGAUAAUGAAACGAAAGCAAUUCUGAUGGAAAGAUCUCGAGGUCAAACUCGAUCAAAGACUCCCGCUUGUGAUUUGACGACUUCGUAUGCUUAUGAUUUCAGCCCGCGAAAGUCUCGGGAUGAGCGAAAUUGGCGAAUCAUCCACAACGAAUGGGGCCCGGAACCAGCAAUGACUGACAUGCGCGAAACGAAGGGGCACCUGAACUGGGGACUUUGGGAGCGAAAGAAGGCUAGGAUGACUGCUGAGGAAGAUGUUCGCAAAUCAGAUUACCAGAGCCAUUUCAAAGAUUGGAAGCUUCCUCGCCAAACAGCUCCGAAUCGCCGCCACCCAGACAUUCCCUCAGCUGUGACUUAUGAUCUCAACAAUUCGUUGUCGAACAUGAGGCUUCGAAACCAGCGAAUAAUGCUUGCUCCGGACACGACUAGACCUGCUUAUAAUCAGUUUCAAUAUGAUCAAAAAUAA